AUGGCUGACGAGGUGUCCAUCAUCAGGAACCAAACAGAGUCCAGUAUUCACCCAGACGAUGGUCACCCUCCUCCAGAGGUCGUCUGGCUCCAUGACGGGCAGGAGGUGACGGAGUCAGAGGACUUUCACCUCCUCCGGGAGGAGAACCGCUGCAUUCUGCUGAUCCAGGAGGUCUUCCCCGAGGACACCGGGACCUACAGCUGCCAGGCCUGGAACCAGUACGGAGAGGACCACACUCAGUGCCAGCUCACUGUGGAGGAGCCCCAGGACGGGGUCCAGCCCUGGUUCAUCACUAAACCCAAGCCUGUGAGCGGCGUCGUGGGUCAGCACGUCCUCCUGUCCUGUGCGAUCGCCGGGGACCCGUUCCCACAGUACACCUGGACCAGAGCCGACCUGAGCCGGUCCCUGAGCUCUGGAGGAGACUACGAGCUGCUGCAGAAGGAGGACGUGGUCUCUCUGCUCAUCAGGAGAGUGAAAAAGCAUCACGCUGGAGAUUAUCUGAUUACCCUGAGGAACAAUGUGGGGGAGUGCAGCGCUGUGGCCUGUCUGUCUGUCACUGAUGGAGAGACAGACAGGACGAGAGGACGAGGAGGACGAGCAGGAGAGGACGACAGCCUCACAGAGGAAGCAUUGCUGAAUCCAGGUGUGACGUCUGUCUUCCAGGUGCGUGGUCAUCCUGAGCCUCAGGUCACAUGGUACAGAGAGGGGAGGGCUGUGAUUGGUGGAGAGCGCUGCGUCGUGACGCAAGGUGGGCGGGGCACCUUCAGCCUGGUGGUGGGCGGAGUCAGAGAGGAGGACCUGGGCCGUUACACCUGUCAGGCCACCAAUCAGGCCGGGAGCCGACAGGUUACCGUGGAGAUCCUUCUGGAAGAGACUUCUGGGAAGAAAUACGUCCUCCCGUCCUCCAUGAAACCAGGGUGUCGCUCUGCGGUCCCGGCGAUGGAGAACAGGCCCAGCAUUUGGGGCGAGAGUCCGCCGAAGUUCGUCACCAAACCGAGCCGAGUGUUCACCAAGCUGGGUCAGACCGGGAAGUUCUCCGCCAAAGCAACGGGACGCCCACAGCCCCGGGUCACAUGGUUAAAGGUGGGAGGAGCUUAA